GUCAUUCUGUAUCGAAUUUUUGACAUUUUCGUAUACUUUAAUCUACUGGUUCCGAUUUUAACUAUUGUCUAUAAACAAUGAUGAAUUACUUUGUUUUUUGAGUAAAUAUAAAUACAUUUUUUACUUCUCGUAUCAACCUCAAAGUUUCUUGAAACACGCAAGAACAUUCGGCGGUGAUAUUUUCUAAUCAAAAUGAGUGAACAAGAACAACCUGUAGCUGAAUCUUUAUCUCCACAAGAGUUGGAGAAACAAGAAGAAGCUAAACUGAAAGCCAAAUAUAAUAUUGGUCCAAACCAAGGACUAGGAUUAAAAGCUAGUGGACAUUCAGCAUUCCUACAAAAACGUUUAUCGAAAGGUCAGAAAUAUUUCGAUUCUGGCGACUAUCAAAUGGCUAAACAAAAAUUCGGAAAUGUUGCUAAUAAAGCAGGCCUUCAACUACCCGGACCAAUUCCAUUUGUAGGUACAGGUGAAGCUAUUCCUACUCCAGAAAGUGUCCCAGUGAGAAAAACUUCUUUAGUACAACCAUCAAAAUUUUCAAAUAUUAGUUAGGAACACUAUUCUUCUGGAUUCUUUAUAAUAAGUACUAUUUAUGUUGAAUAUAUAAUUAAGUUUUUAUCAAAAUUUUAAUUAGUGUAUGGUGUUUGGAAUUAAUAACAUUGGUGAAUCAUUUACUAAUUAAAAGUUAAAUUAAAAAAAUUAAAAAUCUAGAAA